AAUUCAGUCAGUCCGAGUCAGAAACUCAUACAUAAUGCGUAUACAAUAUUAAUGUUAUCGUACACAAGUCAAUCUAAUCCGUAAUCUAAAUAAACGUGAACCUGAACGAACAUCGCACAUCGUCUCACAAUCGGCAUUCCAUUAUACGAGCACGAGUGAGUGCGGCGGCAUAUCGGCCAGUAUGGAGUGAAUUCUCCAAGCGUCUCUACGUAUCGAAAGAUGACGUGGUGACCGUUACUUCCAAGGUGCGUGGCUGUAGUACCGUGUCUUGUUUAUUUUCCACAUUACGUCAUUCCAUCUUCCGAAACUCCGGUAGAUAGGUACUAUUCAAGGUUUAUCUCAGUUGUGACGAGACGAGAUAAUAAACUGCUAGUGCUGGUGUUUUAUUUUUCGCGCAUAAAGUGAAGAUGUUAAAAGCAUGUUGUGAAUGUAUUUUCGGAUCAAUUACUACGGAAAAUAAUGAACGUGGGAGUGGUGUACCAUUGACAAAAAUGAAUGGGACAUCGUCGUGGCCAGAGGCACAAUGGCCAAAUACACAAUUGUUAACAAUAUCGUACGAACUCAAACAGAAUUUCACAUUUACGAUAAGUGGAUCUAUGAUGGACCCUCCAAAAAGUUUAAUAGUAAGCCUUGAAACCGGUGCGAAUGAUUUAGACGAAAAUGUUGUUUGUCAACUGGCUGCUAAAUACUAUGAAAAUAAAUUAUUCAUCAGCAAUGGUAAAAUCCAGAAUGAAGAAGGACUAAAUGACACUAUGACUGCUGGUGAUUUGUUGGAUGGUUCAAACUUUAACAUUGGUUUUGGAUGCAGAGAUGACUACUACAUGGAUAUUUACACUGGCAGUUCAUUUGUUCAACAGUUGGAACUAAACAACAGUAUUGAUACAAUUAGAUACAUUAGUGUGGAUGGAAAUGUUCAAAGCAUAGAUACAUUGAGUUACAAUUUUGGCGAUGGAUUAAGAGGUGAUCUGAUAUAUGCAUUACCAGAAUGGCCUCGACCGCAAUGGCCUAAUGACAAUUCAAUAGUAUUCCUUAUCCCUCGCACAUUGCAAACACAAAGUGGGAUCACAAUAUCUGGAUCUGUGCCUAGCAACCCAGACAGUUUAACAAUAAGUCUUGUGUCUGAGCAAAGUAACACAAAUUAUAGUAACAUAGCAUGUCAGCUGGAUACAAGAUUUAAUGAGAAUACAUUGAAUUUAAAUACCGUUGUGUAUGGUGAACUUCAGGAUGUAAAAAACGAUCAGAGUAUAACAGCUAACGACAUAUUGUCAGGUUCCGAUUUCAACAUUUCAUUCACAUGCAGAAGUGGGAACGGUGAAAAUGUUUUCGAUAUUUCUUCCAAUAAUUCUUAUAUAGACCAAGUGCCUACUGGCCAUGAUUUUAGUGACAUCCGAUACAUUGUAUUAGAAGGGAAUAUAGACCUUGUGAAAACUUUAGAAUUUCAUCUUUAAUUUUUAUUAUUGUCGCCAUAAUAUUUUACAUAUUCCCACCACCUAAACAGUAUUCAUAUUUUGGUGUUGUAGUUGUAAUAUACAUAUUUGUUUUACAUUUGUUGUAAUAGGUUAUUUCGAACAAUUAUAUGGCAUUAGUCAUUGAUUGUCUUUCCUGUCUCAGUGUAUGUGGUUUAUUGUGUGUUAAUUAGGACAUCCAUUCAUAUAUUUCAGUACUGUCAGUGAUAGAUGGGGUGGGUAUUGUAUAUGACAGUGAUUGUAUUUUAAAAAUAAUUUUGAAUUUACCCAUGUGUGCAAAAAAUUAAUUUGAAUUCCUUCAUUUGAAUAAAUCUAAUUGUCUAAGUGCAAAUUAAAUUAUUGAAUUGGCUAUAUUAAAUUGAUAAAUUAUUUCAUUUGGAAUGAAAUUAAGUUAAUCACUAUACGUAAUGAAAAAUGUAUGUGUCUCUUAUAACUUCAAAAAAUAGAUUUUAGGUGGAGAUAAUUCCAUAUUAUAUAAAAUGUAUGUGUCUUUUAUAACUUCAAAAAAUAGAUUUUAGGUGGAGAUAAUUCCAUGUUAUAUUCAUUUAGAAAGUUUUAUAGAAUUUAUAUAUUUUAGAUUACUAAAAUAUAGAAAUUCUAUAAAACUUCUAUCUCCAUUUUACAUUAGUAAAAUGUUAAAUUCACAUUGAAUUUUAUUUUUGGAUCUUUUUGAUUGUGUAUGUGUGAAUAAUCUACAAUGCAAGUUACGAAUAUCACAUUGUUAUUGCUUUAUAACAUUAUUAUGAUAUAUUUCACAAGAGUGACUUACAUGUAUUAACUCUUGUAUAUUUUAAAAUAUACAAGCGUUAAUAUUUAUACUAGUCGGUUUCACAGCAUUUUAAAGAUGUAAACUAGAGUAAAGAAUUGUGACGUCUAUUAGAAAUAGAAGAAAUUCCAUUGGGAAAUUUUCAAAAACGAGUAUUUAUUAAAAGGAAUUCAACCAGUGAUUGUUAAUUAUAUUACUAUUAUAUCUAUCCAUUACUCUUAAGCUUUAAUAUUUAUGAAUAAAUAUUACACUUUAUAUUAA